UAGUGUGGGCGGAGAAACACAUCCUGCUCAGGCGUGGACAUGACUCCACCGUAUUUUAACAGAGACGCACGACCAGUGUUUUGACCGCACAGUGUCUUUAUAAUAUUAGAGAGAGUUGACAGCGCAGGUUAAUUCAGCGCGUUCUUCUGCGGAUGCGUCGCGUUUUGUUACUUCAGUCAUGAUAGCGUUGUGUCUGUUGUACAUUCCUUAUGUAACGCGUAUGUUUUAGUUCACAAUUAACCGUGCAAAGGGCUAUCAAAACAUUAAGAUGAAGGACACAGGUGAAUCAAAGGAUCAUCAGCUGACUGUGGCCCUGCGGAUUCGCCCUUUGAACGAUGCUGAACUGGAGGAAGGAGCCACUAUAAUAGCCCACAAAAUGGACGACCAGAUGGUGGUACUGAAGGACCCAAUGGAGGAUCCCGAUGAUAUUCUUCGUGCUCAUCGGUCCAGAGAGAAGACUUAUAUGUUUGAUGUGGCCUUUGAUUAUUCAGCCACGCAGGACGAGGUGUACCGAGCUACCACUAAAGGAUUGAUUGAAGGCCUUAUAUCAGGGUACAAUGCCACCGUUUUUGCCUACGGACCCACAGGUUGUGGGAAGACCUACACUAUGCUUGGAACAGACAGAGAUCCUGGUAUCUAUGUACGCACAUUAAACGACCUGUUCAAAGCCAUCGAAGAAACCGGCGAUGACAUGCAAUACAGUGUCUCGAUGUCCUACUUAGAGAUCUAUAAUGAGAUGAUAAGAGACUUACUGAAUCCAUCCUCUGGGUUUCUGGACUUGAGAGAGGACUCGAAGGGAGAGAUACAGGUCACGGGGAUCACAGAGGUCUCCACCAUCAAUGCACGCGAGAUCAUGGAGUUGUUAAUGAAGGGAAACAAGCAGAGAACUCAAGAGCCGACAGCGGCCAAUCAGACGUCGUCUCGCUCUCACGCUGUGCUGCAGGUGGCCGUGCGACAACAGAGUCGAUGCCGAGACAUUCUACAGGAAGUACGAUUUGCACGACUCUUCAUGAUUGAUCUGGCUGGGUCUGAGCGGGCUUCACAGACACAGAACAGGGGUCAGAGGUUAAAAGAAGGAGCUCAUAUUAACCGUUCUCUCCUUGCUCUGGGGAACUGCAUCAAUGCCUUGAGUGAGAAGAAUGGCAACAAAUAUGUCAAUUACAGAGAUAGCAAACUCACGCGACUGCUCAAGGACUCUUUGGGAGGGAACAGUCGAACAGUGAUGAUUGCCCACAUAAGCCCCGCCUCUCUGGCCUUCGAAGAUUCACGGAAUACCUUGACCUAUGCCGACCGUGCCAAAAGCAUCCGCACACGGGUAAAGAGAAACCUGUUGAAUGUGUCCUAUCACAUCGCUCAGUACACCAGCAUUAUAUCUGACCUGCGCAGCGAGAUUCAGAGGUUAAAGAAAAAGAUUGCGGACCAGGCCAGUAUACAGCUCAACCCAGACAGAACAGACAUCCGCCAUGUUCAAGCAGAGGUGCAAGCUCACUCAUCUCAGCAGAGUCAGGCUGAGAUGGACCAACUACGGGAACAGCUGAUCAAUGCAUUUAGACAGCAGAUGGACAUCAGGAAGCGUCUUAUGGAGUUAGACAACAGCAACAUGGAGAUCCAGAUUGACACAUCCAAACACUUGCUGACCAUUGCAGACUGGGAGCAGGAACGUUUCAGAAGAAGAAAGAAGUGGCAGGGCGAGAGGAGGAAGGAGAGUUUUCAUAAGGAUGAGAGCGAGAAAGACUCCGACUCACCAGAAUCUCUGCCGGACAGCACAGAGACACAAGAGGUGGCCAUGGCCAGAGAGAAUCUUGUCACACUCAUGGCAGAGCAGAAGAAAAUACAAAAACAGAAGGCCGGGCUGGAGCAGCGUCUGACAGAGCUGAGAGAGCAAGCCCGACAUCUCGAGGAGCUUCUCCCCCACCGCGUAAGCUCUGAGGAGCAGAGGGAGGUUCUUUGCCUCCUCUGUAAGGUCCACGAGUUGGAGAUCGAGAAUGCAGAGAUGCAGUCAAGCACUCUGCUUAAGGACAAUGUGAUCCGGCAGAAAAACGUGGUCGUGCAGCGUUUUGAGCAGCACAGGCACCUAUGCCACGAGAUCAUCCUGCAGCAGCGGAGAUUUAUUGAUGAUCACAGUCUCCUGGUCCCUCCUCAUCUUCAAGAGCUCUAUGAGAUGUACAUGAAGGAAAUGGAUGAGAAGAACUUGGAUAGAGUCGUGGCCUUGGAUAAGUUCACCAUUCGUACUCUUAAGGAGGGUUCUUUGCCCAAGAUCACCCACCCCAGCAGAGGCCGUGACCCCUUGCAGGAGAUGGACUCAGACCAGGAGAGUGUUCGCACGCUGGGCUCAGACAACAGACAAGGGCAGACGAAAGUGAGGAGACACACGCUGCCUCCCAUCCUGCCAGAGUCUGAUGGAGAGCGAGUUUUUAAGACCAGUCACAAACAGAUGAAGAACUCUGUAGUAAUGACACCACCACCCAUUCAUAUCAAUGGACAGGGCAACAGAGAGCUGUUGCCAUCUGUCCUGGAUGACACCUCGAGAUGCAGUCAUCUCAGCCACAGUAUGAGCAGCCACCUGGACUCCUCAACUGAGUGCAGUGAGAACGGCACAGAUGCUCCUCUCACACCUAAAAAGAAACAGCAAAUCCUAAGAGGUGUGCAGAACAUCGCUGUCAAGGCCGCCCGACGGCGCUCUAAGGUCCUUGAAUUAGACGCCCUGCGAUUACCCCCACCGCCCUCUCCCCUAGAUCCCAAGAAGCACAAGAGUAACCUGUCUCUAAGCGAGGUGCCCCCCAAAGGCCUGGUGCUGCGCCGUGGGAGACAGCCAAGCCCAGAGCUAUGGCACGCCACCUCUGAUGACAACCUGUCCAGUAGCACGGGUGAUGGCACCACACCCAAUGGCACAUGGACGGGUCCCCGAAAUCGUCAGGCUGUUAAGAACCCCACCCCACAGGAACAGGACUUUGAGGGUCGCAGAUACAAGAGGAGGUCUCGAUCAUUUGAAGUCACAGGACAGGCAUUGUCUCAGGUAAAGAACACCAGCCAACGAUUUCGUCCCCUGGAUAGCACUUCUGAUCCCCACCUACACAUUAACGGCCACCCCCCUGCCCCUCUCCUUCGGCUCCAGCAUAGAGCCCAACCUCAGCUUACAAAAGCCCGGCCCUCCCACAACAUCCACCAAACAGGAUCAACAGCUGAUGUCACUUCCUCCAACCUGCCCUCCCACCUCAUUAAGCGUGGCCCCCAAACCAGGCAACUUCAGCCUCUGUUGUACGUCACCACCACUGGGAUGGGCGGCCAGCGAACCCGCAAACACUAAAGAUUCUCAGGACUUUCUCUUGGUAGAGCAGAGGUCCUGGCCUGAUCAAAGAUGGCGUCCCCUUGACUACAGCACCAGCACGAUGGAUCCCAUCCCAUGAAAGCAUGUAGAGAUCAAGUGGAAGGUUUCCUCAUUGUAUCCCAAUCAAAGAGCUGUACCGUGAGAUCCAACGUAUAAAUAUGUAAAAAAAUGAACUUAUACUCUGUAAAGAAAGACCAUGCCCUGCUAUCAUGUGACAUGGGUUUUUGUUCCCUUCCCUUCCUGAGUGUUUGCAAAUAUUCUCUGAUGACUGGUGACUUAUGAUGUCUGCUUUAUUUUGUUUAGAAAUCCUUUGGCUUCUGCAAAUGUCAAGAAUUGAUUGCCAUGAAUUCACCAGGCCUGACUUGUCGACUUUCUAGUACUGUUCGGAUUGUAGUCCUAAAUCCUGGGGAAAAACGUAGCAUUUUCGAGUCAUUGGUUGCCACUGGAAUUUCUAAUGGGCUUUUAGAAUAGUGGUUUCCAAUUUAUUCGUAAAAUAUUGACUGUGGUUAGCAUUACUUGAAGAGAAUUGUACGUUUUGAUCUAAAAUAUGAAUUACACGCAUGCAACACAUUAAUUUUAAUGCUGUUGAAUGCUUUAAAACGCAAGUUGCUAAAACGGUGGGACACGCAUCACUUGUCCAUCAGUCAGGCAGACCACAGACCACAUUUUAUUAAUAAAUUGAAAACUGAUAUUCUAAAAACCUAUAAGAAAUUUUCAAGGGAACCCAUGGCGAAUUUGCCUUCUGGGUUGGCCUGCAAUUUGAUGUCAUGACUGAACAGCAAAAAUGCUCUUUUAAAGUCAACCUAAUUUGACAGGGGAUAAAACCUGUCUAAAAUUUCAGUUGAAUAUUUAUAUCAGGCCUUAUAGUGACAACUGACAAUGAUGAUAUAAUCCCCCCCCCAAAAAAAGUUACUAAGUCUACAGAACUAAAAUGGUGAUGCUUGUUUAUGUUACUGCACAAUCACAUAUGCCCCUCUCAUUCCCCAGGGAACAGUAUAUUUCUCACAGCUGCUGUGGUUGUGAAAGUAUUGUUCCCUCAGGCCUUGCACAAAUGAAUGUACUGUCACACUGCUUAUGAAUCAUAUGUCUGGCUUCUAAGAAUUCGUCUCUGAUGAUACACACUGCUCCAUUUACUGAUGUCAUUUAGUGUUUACUGCUAUCCACCUUUAUCCUGAACACUGAAGUGUUCCAUGAUUCUACUGUUUUCAAUUUCAGGUCUCCAGUGUUUUCACUCACAUCGGCGUAUAUUCUUAGUGGGUAAUGUAAUGUUUAAGGUAUUACAUUUGUAAAAAUUGUCAAAAAACAUGCCGAUACUUCACAGAGUCGACAUGACAGUUUUUUUUUUUAUAGACAGUGCCUCACCUGAGUGUGUAGAUGUCAUGAAGUGAUGGUCAGAUGUUAGUUUAGUUGUUAUGACAACCAACAACUGCACAAGUUGAGCCUGAAAUUAAUUUUUACUCCAAAAAACACUUAAAUAGUUGUCCCCCCACCUCUGGAUCGCUGAUUGUGGCAGUUUUUACUUGGCAUCUCGAGACCAGAAAUAGAAAACAGGCAAUCUGAAUCAUCAUGGCGCUGCCCAGUGGUUGCUCAGGAAAACUGUGGAUAAAUCAAAUGAAUUUUGCCUUCACUGUCAUUCAUGUUUCAGUGUAACUAUUUUCUUUAAAAUCCUUUUGGGUUUGUGUUAGAUCUUAGUACCAGACGAGGUGGCAUAUUUCAUGUAGUCCAGACCCUCUAUAAAUUAUUUGAUGAAAAAAAAAAAAAAAAAAAACACUGCUGCCUUUUCUUUGAAAUGUUCUCAAAGUUUGUGUAUUUUUUUUUUUUUUUAAUAUAUAUAAUUAUAGAUAGAUACUUUUUCUACUCUUAAGUUUAUACCUUUUUUUUGUAACCAAAAUAAAUUUGAUUGACAAA